AUGUACCAAAGUUAUCAAUCUGAUCGGUUUGUUGCAGCUCUAUGUGAUCCAAGAACUUCUUUUCAAUACAAAAUAAAUGAAAUUUUCCAAAUUGUGGAACCUCAAAAAAUUGAAUACAAAAAGAUUACUGUUAAAUUAAAAGUGAAAAGCCAUCCAACUAAAGUUUUGAGUAAGGAAGAUAUCAACAAUAUAAAGGCAUAUUUUGAUUGGUGUGGAUGGGCGCAUUACCUUCAAAUAUUUAUGAGACCAGACUUGAAAAUUUCGGAUGUUUUGACUUAUUUUAAUCGAGCAGGUGAUUCUUUAAAACCAGAUAAAGAUAUUGAUGAGGAUAUUUGCAAAAUUAAUAGUGAAAGACUUCCAAGAAUUUUCAUAUUUAUUAAUACCCCCAAAUUCUUCAAAAUAUUCAAUAGAUUAUUGAAUUUUUAUUCAAACUCAAUGGAUUCAAGUUAUUGUUCACGAUAUCAAUUGGUUGGUAAAGUUAUUCAAAAACCUAGUUCAAAUUAUAUUAGUAUUGAAGGAACGAUACCUCAUCGUAAUUGUGUUUAUUUCUUUUGUCCUCUCAAAUCAGCUCGUGAAGAGUUACGUAUCAAUGAAGAUUUCAUAAAGGGCUGGUCAAAACUCUUUAAAAGUUUAUGGAAUAAACAUGCCAAAUUAUUAUUUUUAGGUUUAGAUAAUGCAGGUAAAACUACUUUAUUACAUAUGUUAAAAAAUGAUAGAUUAGCUACUUUACAACCAACUUUACAUCCAACUUCAGAAGAAUUAGCAGUUGGUACUGUUAGAUUCACCACAUUUGAUUUAGGUGGUCAUCAACAAGCACGUCGUGUUUGGAAAGAUUAUUUCCCAGAUGUUAAUGGAAUUGUAUUUUUAGUUGAUACUGCUGAUCCACAAAGAUUUGAAGAAUCAAAAGCUGAAUUAGAUGCUCUUUUAGCUAUUGAAGAUUUAGAAAAAGUUCCAUUUUUAAUCUUGGGUAAUAAAAUUGAUUCACAAAAAGCUGUUUCUGAAAAUGAAGUUAGACAAGCUUUAGGUCUUUAUCAAACUACUGGUAGAGGUAAUGUUACUUUAGGUGAAAGAAUUAGACCAAUUGAAAUCUUUAUGUGUUCUGUUGUUUUGAGACAAGGUUAUGCUGAAGGUUUUAGAUGGUUAUCUCAAUACAUUUAA